AGUGCGUCUCACCGUGGAUGCCGGCGCCGCGGUCCACACAGCGAUGCGCCGGGCCGGCGGGCUCGCCCUGACUCUCGCCUGCAUCGCAGUGCAUGUCCUCGCGCUACCAGGGGACGCGGCCGACUCUCAGGCUGGAGCCGGACUGCAGCUUCCACCCCAGGCACGUUCGCACAUUGAAAAAGACCCCGAACGCUUUGACUUUUUCGGGGAGCUCAGGGAGGAGCAGUGCCAGGAUGAUCUCGACUGUGACCGCAGCACGGGUCGCGUGUGCGCGCGCAAGCCCAACGAUGCGGCUGGCCACUGCCGCUGCCCACCCGAGAAGCCCAACAAGGACGCGCAGGGACAGUGCCAGCCAUCUACCGAGCAGCAGGCCGGCUGCCAGCAGAAUGCCGACUGCGGGAAGCCGUUGCUGGAGUGCGUCGAGCGUCAGUGCCGCUGCGUGCCGCCCAACGUGCUGCAGGCCGACGCCAGCUGCGCGCCCCCGCAGGGUGACGUACGUGCUGAGCCACCAGCGUCUAAGUCCACGUGGCUGUCGCCUCUGGCCUUCCUCUUCUCCAUCCUGCUUCUCAUGACUUGCACAGUCUUUGUUACCAGGUACCGCAAGGACGAAGAUGCUCUGGACGAGGACGAGAUGUCCGAGGCCGGCGCAGGUGGCGCCGGUGGAACUGCAGCGGCGUCCUGGUCUGCCGCUAAGGCCGCCGCGGCAUCUUCGUCGUCGGCCGCUCGAGUGCAGCCGAGGACGUCGCCGGUAGGCGGCGCCCAAAGUCAGCAAGGGCCGCUCGAGCCGAGGUCGGCUGAACCUGAGCGUGGCAGGUCACGGACACGGCACGUUUCAGCCGAGCUAAAUGGGUCGGAGCAGGAGGCUUCGAGCGUGGGCCAGGUUGACGAAGGCGAGGAGAGCGACAGGCUCACGACGUCCUCGACGCCCGACAGCGAAGGAGCCAAGGUGCGCAGCCGCGAAGAGUGUGCGCUGCAGCAAAGGAGGAGACACACGAAGGGCCCCGAGGAAGCCAUGUCAGUCGAAGGGCGGACGGGAGACGCUGCACCCAUGUCGCGGGAAUCGAGCAACUUGCAGCAACAGCGACCAUCAAGCAUGCCUAGACCAAUCAAGCAGCUCAGCAGAUGCUCGAGCGACGGCAUACAGUUGCCAGAGUUCGUGCGCAGCCCGACGCAGCAGGGUGGCGACGUGGGCUGGCCCGACAUGGUGCCGGUGCAGCGCAUACGCCGUGGCCUCCAGCUGCUGGGAAGCACGCCGCGCAGGGACCAGCUGCAGCACCUGCUCGACGGCCGGGACCUGUUUGAGCGAGAGGACGACGGCGUUGAAGUCGACCAGCAGCAACUGCUGCAGCCGCCACAAGAAGACGUGGCGUGCUGCAAGACGGUGCAGACGGACAUCACCCUGGCACCGGCCAUAGUGCCGUUCGCGGCGCUGGACAGCGCUCUCUGGCCGAUGUCCCCUUCGCGUUGCGACACGUGGCCCCUCCCUCCAUCGCGCUGCGACACCGCUGCCUCGAAAGUUGUGCCGUUGCUCACCGUGGACUGCGGAGAUUACAAGGCCGGCCGGAGCACGGGUCUCGAACCCGGAUCCUCGGAACUCUUCCUGGCUGAGCGACACCAGAAGCCGCUGGCCACCAUGGAUGCGCCCCUGGUUCAUCAGUCCCCAAACAAGGGCAUUGGUGGUGGCGCGGGUGCUGCUUCGGCACAAGAUGUCAAAGGCCCGACUUUUCCGUCUCCCGUAACACUACGGGUCAGGGCAUCCGGGGAAGGCCCUUCCACCAGCUCACAGCAGCCGCAGUCCGAAAUAUCACGGUCCGAAGACCGGGGCUCUUUGGCAGGCAUCUCAUCACCCUCAGGCGCCGCUAAGAACAAGUCACGCUACUCCAUCCGGCAGGCCUCCAGUGGCGAACUGGACAGGUACGGCAGCGAAGCAGCCGCAGCCACUGACAACAACAUGGCGUCCGCGGCGGCAAACUCGGCCAUUUGCAGCGGAGUGAUGCAAGCCAUCGAGGACGCGUCUGCUUCGGCAGACCCGACAUCGGAACCGCCGUCCGAGCUGAUGGGGACCGUACCGAGGCCGUACCACGAGUCCUCCGUCGGAGAAGGCUCGUCGCAAGGCGGCUGGGCGCGCAGGCUUCGACCGAAAGCGGCCGACGAAGACACCUCGGUCUCCUUCCAGAGCUUCGACGUCGAGGCUCAGGUCGCGACCGGCGAACAACAGAACGCCAGCAGCGGCUAGGCGGCGAGUCUUGAUCUGGGUCACAUCUCCGCGACGGCAACAACGUGCGAAGCGCACAGUCACGACCGCGGUUAUGCUAUCACUGCAAAAUGCUGACGUCGCGUCUUCAACAAAGACGCGCGGCAGAUGGUUGGUUAAUAUUUUACAUAAGCGCUUCAUACGUACACGUUCGGUUAACAAAGCCGCCUGAGUCGAA